UGGUUUAUAUGCUUUAGUUAAAAUUUAUUAUUAAAGUUCAUCCGUUUUAAUAAAGCAUUACUCAACACAUAUCAACAUUUGGAAAGACUGGUCACACAGAGCAUGAAUUGCAGCUGUCAAAUAAAAAGCCGUCAAAUCAUCGUCUUCUAUUUGCGAGUUUAUUUCACAUAUAUUCGGUUUUGUUAAUACCAAUUAAAAUUCAUUCACAGCAAAAAUGAGUACAAUUGGUACCGGUUAUGAUCUGUCGGCUUCGCAAUUCUCUCCUGAUGGUCGCGUCUUUCAGAUUGACUACGCCUCCAAAGCAGUUGAGAGGAGCGGAACCGUUAUUGGUAUUAGAGGCAAGGAUUGUGUCGUUCUCGCGGUAGAAAAAAUUAUAGCAGAUCAGCUUUAUGAACCUGAUGCAGCCAGUCGCAUUUUUACUAUUGAAAAGAAUAUCGGCAUGGCCAUUGCUGGAUUAAUGGCUGAUGGAAAUUUUGUGGCCGACAUUGCCCGUCAGGAAGCAGCAAAUUUCCGUCAACAAUUUGAGCGCACCAUUCCUCUUAAACAUUUAUGCGAUCGCGUAUCCGGCUACCUACACGCCUACACUCUGUACAGCGCUGUUCGUCCGUUUGGAUUAUCUGUAAUACUCGCAUCGUGGGAUGAGACCGAUGGACCUCAAUUGUAUAAAAUUGAGCCGUCUGGUACGUCUUUUGGCUAUUAUGCCUGCGCCAGUGGGAAGGCGAAGCAACCGGCAAAAACCGAGAUGGAAAAGUACAAGUUCGCCGAAAUGAGCACCGAGGAAUUGGUCAAAACUGGUGGCAAAAUCAUUUAUGAGGUUCACGACGAACUGAAGGACAAAGAAUUUCGUUUUGAAAUGGGCAUAGUUGGCAGGGAAACGAAAGGUAUACAUCUAAUAAAUAACGAUUUGUGGACUCAAAAGGCAAUUGAAGCUGGCGAAGCAGCCAAAGCCGCGGAUGAUAGUGAAAAUGAGACAUAAUUUAAAUUCGAAAUAUGUUUAUCUGAUUCUAAAUCGGCUAAGCACUAUCCUUCAAAUGUCGUUUACUGACAAGUAACAAAAAAAUAAAAUAAAUGGAACGGUUUAUGGCCAAUUUUUA